AUUUUAAUAAACUACAUACCAACAGCGUAAACAACAUGGUGACGAAUCAACGUUUUGACAGGACAGCAUUCAACAUUAUCCUUAAAAAGAAUAAGCUGACACCGUAUACACUCAACACUGUCAGUGACACUAUUAUGUUUACACAACUACACUACUGAGUGCAUGUACGCUGAACAUUAUACACAAGACAACACUAAAAAUAAUGAUUGAUACAUCCUGUGCUGAAAUGGAUUCAGCAAUGGAAGCUUUAUUAGAGGAGGAGCUUUUAGGUGUGAAUAUUGAUGUGGAAAUUGAUGAUAGUUAUGAUGAUCCCAAUGAGAAUGUCUCGAUUCUCCAAAAUGCCGAACGCAUAGCAGAUUUUGAAAAAGCUCUGGAUAACAUAGAGCUCCCAGAAGAGGUUGAAGUGUAUCUUAAUUCACUUCAUAGUCAAACAGAACAGAUGGAGAAAGAACUGCUGUUGUGUGAUGAGGCUCUGCACGGCUUUCCAAACUCACCAGCAGAAACUAGCACAGCUGUUGUGGUUUAUAGUGAUAACAAGUUGUUAGAAGAUGCAGCUAAAGAAGCAGGCAUGUCAUUGGAAGACUUUAGACAAAAGCUUUUGAAGGAAAUAGAGCAAGAUGAUUUUACAGAGGAGAUCUUAAAUAAAGAAUAUAAUGAAUUUGUUGAGCUGCAAAAAGAACUAGCAGAAACAAGAAAAGGAAUCAGACAGACUAUUAGAAAAGAUGAUACUUUAAAGGAAUUACUGGCUAUUGAGGCCGCUAAGCUUGCCAAUAGUCAAGUCCUUCAAGCAAUUACAAAUGGCCAGUCUGAUGUGAACAGUUCGGCACUUCUUCCUAUGAAUGAUGACAAAGAUGAUUCUGAUGGUGAAGAAAAAGCUGGUCCACUUGUGGGUGUUUUAGCCCUGGUUGAAAUGAGAGAUUUUAUACAAAGUCAACUGAAAAAGACUGAAGAGUCUUUUCAACAAAGGGAACGUCAACUUUUAGAGUCGCUGGAAAUCCACACCAGAGAGGAAGAAAAAAGGAGGGCCUGGGAGGAAGAGAGGAAAAGAACUCUACAGCAAAAGGAGGAAGAGGAGAAGGCCAAGAUCAAGGAGAAGAACAAGAUGAAAGAGGAGAUGGUGGCAAAGGAAACAGAGCUGCAGGAGCUGGCGCUAGCCGAGGAUUUGAACUACCACCAGAUGGAGGUUGAAAAGCUGGAGAGUUUUCUAAAAGAGGAGAGGUUUCAAUAUGAGCUGGCACUUAACCAUUGGAAGGAGUCAUUGUUGGUGACUCAAAACAAGGCAGCCACUGCAAUACAGAGGGUUUACAGAGGUUAUAGAACUCGUCGCCUGAUGGCUAGACAGAUUAAAGAUCUUGAGGAGUUGAAGGAGUUGAGGGUAAAGGAGAGAUAUGCAAAAAGGUUGAUGGAGGUGGAGUAUGAGAUGAAACUGGCCAAGAUAGAAAAAGAAGAAAGAGAGAAAAAAGAAGCUGAGGAAAGAAAACAAAAGGAGGAAGAAGAGAAGAAAAGGCAAGAGGAGAUUAAAAGAAAGGAAGAAGAGGCCAGAAAAGCAGAAGUGUCUAGAAAAGAAAUGGAGAAAAGAAAAGAGGAAGAAAAACAGGAGGAAGAAAGAAAAAAGAAAGAAGAGGAGAAGAGAAGGAAGGAAGAGGAAAAGAAAAAGAAGGAAGAAGAGAAACAAAGACUGAAAGAAGAAGAAAUGAGAAAGAAAGAAGAGGAGAGAUUGAAGAAAGAAGAAGCAAAGAAGUUAAAAGAAGCUGAGGAUCAAAGAAGAAAGGAAGAGGAAAGGCAGAAAAAAGAAGAACAAAAGAGACUGAAGGAAGAAGAAAAAAGAUUGAAAGAGGAAGAAAGGCUAAAAAAGGAACAGGAAAAGAAAUUAAAGGAGGCAGAGGAACUAAGAAGAAAGGAAGAUGAAAAACAAAUUAAAGAAAAAUUACAACAGGCAACUCAUGCAAAGAACAUAGAAGAUCAGGUCAACAAAAAUGAAAAUGCCAAAGCAGAAACAGAAAAUAACAGCCUAUCAGAUAACCAGCCGAAUGAUGAGUUCCUGGUCUCAACUGAUCCACCACCUAGAUUCACAGACAAGGACAGUAGAUCACACCCUUCUAUACUGACAGCAACUAACAGUGGAUCCUCCCCUUACACGCCUGUGGCACCAGUGCCUAGACCAGUAGAACCUCCCCCAGUCAUGCCAACACUCCCACAACCUGCCCCAGUCAUGCCAACACUCCCACAACCUGCCCCAGCCAUGCCAACACUCCCACAACCUGCCCCAGCCAUGCCAACACUCCCACAACCUGCCCCAGUCAUGCCAACCCUCACACAACCUGAUCCAGUGGAGCUAAUGAGGAUAGCCUGGAUCAAAUCUUGUACCCCAUGGAGCAAGGUCAGCAAUGAACCAUGGAAGCUGGUACAAGCCAAACAAAGUCUACACAAGAGACCAACCUCUGCCAAAAAAAAGUUCCCACCCAUUGAAGAAUCUGUGAUACUUACUGUCUCACAUUCAGAAACCCUACGUCAAGUCUCCUCCGUGGCACUGGUAGACUUGCCAGCUUGUUCUCUGUCCACCCUGGCCCAGUGCUGGUCACUCAAACACCUGACUGUCAGCAACUGUGGCCUUGUCUGUCUGGACGGCAUAACUCAGUGUAAACACCUGACGUAUGUCAACGCUGAGCACAACAACAUUGAAUAUGUCGACCUGAAGGAUCUGGGCAGUCUACAGGUAGUGAGGCUUGCCCACAACAAACUUAAUCUCAUCCAUGGAUUAACCGGAUGUAUUAAUCUCAGGUGGCUGGACUUGAGUCAUAACUCUAUCACCAGAAUCUCUGGUCUGGGUGCCUUACGUCGCAUACACACCCUCAACCUGUCCCAUAACCAGCUGGUCAGCAGUGAUGGAGUAGACGAGGCCGUCACGCUUCAACAGCUUGACCUCUCCCACAACUUCCUGCAGCAUUUUACUGGCAUUGGCAAGCUUUGUUUACUGACUGAGCUGAAUUUGUCUUCUAACAACUUGCUUGAGGUGCCAGAACUAAAGAACCAGGUGCUACUGCAGUAUUUGAAUCUGCAUGAGAACAGCAUUAGUUCAUUGUUAGACUUUGGAAAAUAUUGGAUGCCACUUCUGUGCCACUUAGAUUGCGGUGAAAACCUCAUAGAACAAACCCAAGGGAUGGAUCACUUAAUUAUGCUGGACUACUUAGACCUCAGUCUUAAUCAAAUAACUGAGUUAACUGGAUUAACCAAUGGUUUGAAGUGUAACAGACAGCUCAGGACAUUAUUGGUUGAUGGGAACCCAUUGCUGGAUGUAUAUGCAGAUGAGUACAUAAGUCAUACAAUGAAAACCCUGCCCUUUCUAAAAUCAUUGAAUGGGGAGCCCUUUGAGUCACACCAUAUUGAAAAUUGGGUUCCAGAAAAUAAGGAAUUUUAUGAAAUGUGCGCAGCUCAAAUCAAACUUCAUCAGAGCCUGAAAAUGGAUUUUGAGAACCAAAUAAACACAAUACUAUCUGGAUCAGCUGCUAGUAUGGAAACUGUGUGCAAUGUUUAUUACUCCUAUUGUGAUAUUUCCUACAAAAUGGCGACAGAGCAUCGGAAUUCGCACGAGUAUGGCAACACUCCCAACAUAACUGUCAGUAUUGAAGGCUUAAAUAGUAAAAAUUUAUCUGGCAACACAUCAAAAACCACUCCAAAACUUCAUUCAGUGGAUGCAUUGCAAAAAAAUUUGAACAGCCAAUCUGGCAAGCCUGACUCUAUUGUCCCUGGCAGCUUGCAGAAUGGAGAAAGUAAAAAAAACAACCAAGGUAAAUCAGCAACUAAGACUGUUUUGAAAUCUAAGCCAAAAAUUGAAGAGUCAUCCAGUUCUUCAGAAGAAUCAUCCUCUGACACAGAGGGCAACAUUGUGAUAAACGGAGGGGUCAAAGUUCAUCAACCCCACCCACCCCCUUCAUCUUCUGGCAUGUUGUACUUGAGUGAAAAAGACAAAUUCAACAUGGCCAUCUCUGGGAAUUCCCACACCUCACUGGCGGGGUCCCAGGUAGGGGAAAACUCCAACAACAAUCAGUCAAGCGUCAGGAUGACUGAUUCAAGUCACGUGACUUCUAGUCUACUUCACCCUGCCACUACCAGUGGAAAGGACAAAUUUAAUUUUGCGUUUCUGCAACAGACAGGUCAGAUUUAUACUGACCACAACAAAAGUGCAAUAUUACAGGACAACUUUGCCCAACCAAGCAAGGCUGGUCAGCUUCCAGGCAGGAUGGAUUUAGCCGGAGUAGCCACAGUGGUUAAAUCUGAUGGUCCAGCUAGCAAGGUGGCUGAGAGUAACCAGGAACUUAUGUAUGAAAGCUUGGACAUGGAUAAACUGGUCGAUGUGGAUAUGGAUAUGGAAGAUCUAGAUUUUGAUAUAGAUAAAUAUCUGGAUGUUGGAGAGCUGGAUGAAUAUCUGGAUGAUGUCUGGCGUCCAUCAGAUGUUCCCCAGCUUCCACAGAGUUCAUAUCCUGUGCUUAAGAAAAUCAACUCUAAUGAGAAUUGGAAUGCACAUACCAGUUUCACCCCCACACCCCCUGAUCAACCAGUGGAGGCAUGGAGAGAGAUGUCGUUCAAAGAAUUAAGGGAAAAUAACUCCCAACCUUUGGCAGUUAUGUCCCCUAGCAGUCAACCUUCACCUUAUCCUUCCUCAGUGGCCAGUGGUAGUGUCAGGUCAAAGAGGGAGGAGUUAUCAGAGGAAUGGGGUUUCAAGGACUCCAGAACCACAGACAUGAUGCUGGCUCGUGCCAAAAAGAUGAAGUACAACGCUGAGAGGAGGAAAAAACUCAGCAAACUGGAUCCCCAGCAAAGGCUUCAGCUGUUCAGAAAGUUGGAGGAAUCUGGAAAAGUUUUGUCUGUUCGUCCACCCCACCCCAAAGUCCUACCAAGAAAGGAAUAUUUUCAGGCCAGGGAGGAGGAGAUCCAUCGUGAGGAUCUGGACAAGAGGGUGGAGGAUCACACGCGAGUACACAGAACAUUUGAGUGGAUUCACACACAAGUUGGGGACUAUCCGAUAUCCAGCUCAAGGAUUAAUCCAGGACAAAGCAACUCCAAUAAAAUAGACAAUGUUAUGAACAAGAUGAAUGAACUGGGCAAAACACAGGAUCUUAGAAAGGCAAGUCCACUGUCUGACCACCAUGGUUCAACUUCUAACAUGUUUGCCACCAGUCAGAUGAGGAGGUACUCACUGGGAGAAGAUUACACAAGCCAAACGCCCACACUGCCACCAAUCAAUAUGAAGGAAAGGAUUUCAUUCCGGGACGCGCCAAUACAAAGAAGUGGCGGAUGGGGUGGAGGCAAGAAACGGAAUUCAAAAAAUUAAAAAUUCCACCUUAAAAUUAACUCGACAUUGAACCAACUUUCUUCCCCGUCCCAUCUGUGAUUUAUUUUUAACUAAUGUCACAUUGACCUCAAGACAGACUCUACAUUAAUUAAUUAGACAGACUAAUUAACUACUGAGGUUAUGACAUUACUUUUCUUUACCAAACAGGAAGUAACUAUUCCUAUCGUUGACGUUACAGAUGUUUCCUGUUUUGUUAUCACAAAUGUUUACCACCAUCUGUUUUAUAAUCAUGAAGUGAAAAUGUCGAAAUUAUGAUGAGAAAGAGUUGACCUAUUGACUUACAUUUGACCUAUGUAUUUUACAUAUACACAUAGGCCUGCUGACCACAUAUGGACCGGUGAGGUAUGAUCUGAUGCCAACGUUUUACAUUUUGACCAACGUAUAUAUGGACAUAAACAGACAAAUAAAUACCAUAUUUUUAAAUGUGGAUGUGAUAUAAUUUAAAAUUUUUAAAUAGCCUAAACACUAAUGCUUGUCUUGAGAUGUUAACAGCAAGGCUAAGUCUAUCCAAUCACAAUGUUCUGUUUUAUUGAACAAAUAUUUAUGGUCCAUUAUGAAAAUAUCAUUUCAUUAACAGUUCAAAAAUUUUCAUAGUGAAUUUAUUCAAUA